CCCGAAUCCAACUCGGCCCCAGUUCUCCGCUGCCUCUGCUCUUCUGUUCAUCAUGCCAUUCAUUGAGCUGGACACUAAUUUGCCUGGCAACCGUGUGCCCGAGGGACUAGAGAAGCGACUCUGCUCGGCCACCGCCGCCAUCCUGAACAAACCUGAGGAGCGCAUAAAUAUUACCGUGAGGCCUGGCCUGACCAUGACCCUGGGCGGAUCCACGGAACCUUGUGCCCAGCUGGUUGUCUCCUCCAUCGGCGUGGUGGGGACCGCUGAGGAGAACCGUGGCCACAGUGCCCGCUUCUUCGAGUUCCUCACUAAGGAGCUGGCCCUAGGCCAGGACCGCAGCCUGGAACAUAUGGGCAGUUGGCUUGGUUUAUGAAGAAUAUUGAACUGGGAUGUUUCCUGUUGUCACAUUUGCUGCUCCAUAUGUUUAUAGCAAUGAAAUCAGGUGAAAGGCUCAGCCUGGAGGGUUGCAACACAAUGGAAAUGUGUGGGAGCACCUGGUCUGCCCUGGAACUUCCUGCAUACUCUGGUGAUGGCCUGAGAUUUCUAAUCUCAACUUAGUGUGGCCUAGACCGUCACUUUCUGUUGAUUGCUAUGCUGGCCUGGCACACAGGGCUGCUUGCAUUUCAGGGAUCUUCCCUGGACUCACUUUACAUGCUGACUCUUGUUGACAAAUGACUGGAGCAGGGAGCUGUGCAUUAUGCAAAAUGCAUGCCAGUCAUGGGAAAGUAAAGUGCCAGCAAGCCAAGCAUGGAAAUGCAAUGUCAUUAUAAACAAUGAAUGUUGUCCCUGUUCUCCAACUGAAAUAACAUACUAUGCGUUUGCAUUUCCGAGUAUUUCCAGGUAGGGUAGGGAGAUCCCAAAGGAAGAAUCCAUCUAGGUAAUUUUCCAGAUGUUUGCGCACAGUUAAACUCAGCUCAUGACCCUUAGACACUGGUGAAAGGUGUCUCCCUGCCAGUUAGAUAUCUGAUGAUCCGUGUCUUUAGUGUACUAGUGAAAUGUCAAAUUGAGAUUUUUGUUCUAUUA